GUUCUAUAUAUAGAACCCCUUUAUCCAGUGGUAUUCUCAAGCUCCAAGAGAGUGGUAUUCUUCACGUUCUGAAAGAAAGGUGGUGGAAACAAAAGAAAGGGGGCGGGCAGUGCGUUGAAUCGAAGAAAGGCUCAAGUUCUGUUCGAGAGCUAGGCCUAGCUAAUGUUGGAGGCGUAUUUGUGGUGCUGUUAGGAGGACUCGCCAUCGCAACUGUUGUAGCUGUCCUUGAAUUCUUUUGGAAGACAAAGAAGAUGGCAGGCGAGGAUAGAGAACCUGUUUGCAAGGAGAUGUUAAAAGAAAUGAAGUUUGCCUUAUCCUGUCGGAGUUCCACGAAAUCAGUCGCUCGAAAACCUGAGCUUGAAAACAAUGAUUGUUUGAAAAUCUAUCUGAAACUGAG